ACCGUGGCAGGAGAGGCAACCCUAUUCAGCACAGGUGAUUCCUUUGAGCAGGAAAAACAGCCGUUGUUGGAUUUCUAAGAGUCUCUUAGCGGGAACUACCCAGCAGAUCUCAAGGAACCAACUUGCCACGACGUGCUCCGGACAAGGGGAUUUUUGCCGACGCUCCGAACCGAACCAACCGAACCGAACCAACGAUGGGAUUUGGUUGCUGCAAGAAGAGAAAGAACUCUCAAGAGCUCACCGAUGUGGAGAGGGCCAUCGAAAUCGUCAUCAACAACUUCCACUGCUACGCCGUCAAGGGCCGUAAAGAGUGCAUCACCCCCAACGAGCUGAGGGACCUGGUGGGACAGAGGUUGCCACAUUUAGCAGAGAGCGUUGGCACGCUGGACGAUAAGAUUGAAAGCCUUGGCGACGGCGACGAGGCCAAACUGCAGUUCGGCGAGUACUGGGGCGUCAUGGGAGACGCAGCAAAGGGGUGCCGAGUCACAAAGAGUAAGAAGUAACGCACGCCUGGGAGGAUCAGAACCACAAGGCCUCGGACCGUUUACACAGGAAGAACGAGAGACUGUCCGCCAUGAUGUCAAUGUGUUGUCAAUGCAGUGUUAAUAUUUUGGGGUGCUCUCCCUCCCCUCCCCUUGUCCGGUUCUGGAAUAUCAAAGUCUAGAGCUUGAUUGCCUUUAAGUCAGGAAACUUUCAAUUCCCAGCGACAGGUUCCCACGUUCCCACCCUAACCACUCCACCCCAAGGCUUGGCUCUAGAAUGGCAUUGUUGUGAGCUUUCCAGGCACACUGACAUUCUCGGUUCCUGACCGCUCAACUCGAGAACCUUCAAACGGAGGAGCUCUGGACCCUUAAGAGGUCAUUUUAGCUCACUGUCUGGAUGCUUUCCUCAAAGUUCCUAUUUUCUGGUUUUGAUACUUCAGGCCGACCCCCAUAGCCCUCUGCAUGCCUGUUUGUUUGAGAUCUUCCAGAUUUGAUCCAGAACUCUUUGGAGCUUAACUUUUAAAAUAAAUUAGUAGCCCUUGCCUCUAGAUUUGUUAUGUUUCAGUUCUCUCACCACUGGAUCUAGAAUGCCCAGAGCACCGUGUUUCCCUCCUCUCUCUAGAUCUGGAAUCCAGAAUAUUAUUUGCUCCAGAUCCUGGAAAUGUUAUUAUUAUUUUUAAAAAUAAACCUAUACAUUCAA